AGCAUACGGACGCCCGAGCAUGGAAGGAUUGAAACCUCCACAGCGUCUGUGCAUGGACUCAGCCAAUCUCGCAAAGAGUUGGAAGGUAUGGAAAGAAGAGUUUUUGCUUUAUGUGGACCUUGCGGUGGGAGAUGACGAUGAAACCACCAAGGACAAACUGUUCGGCUAUCUCGUGGGUGAGAGCGGGAGAGAGCUACUGGACACACUGAUGGGUGACACGCCUAAAGCAGCAUGGAAGAUAGCAGAUAUCAUUAAGAAACUUGAUGAACACUGCAUGCCUAGCGUGAAUGAAACUGUAGAGCGUUUCCGUUUCUUUUCGAGAAACCAAGGCCUUAGUGAAACCAUAGACUGUUAUGUGACCGAAUUAAAAGUGUUGGCGAAAACAUGCAACUUUGGGACGCUACGUGACUCGUUGAUUCGUGACAGAAUCGUGUGUGGUAGCAACAAUGCUACCAUGAGGGAGCGGCUGCUACGACAGGACAAACAGACACUUGAGUCCUGCAUCCAGUUGUGCCGUGCAGUGGAGUUGUCGCAGGAAAAUGUCAAAACAAUCUCCGGACCCAAAGUGGAAGAAGUGCAUGCAGUGAAAGAGCCUGCGCGGAACAGACAGCUGGGGAACAUCGUUGACUGUAAGUUCUGUGGAAAAUCGCAUGAGAGAAAUAAACAGAAAUGCCCCGCGUACGGGAAGAAAUGCAAAAAAUGUGGCAAAGACAACCAUUUUGCUGCUAUGUGUAAAGCAAGUCAGCAGACAAGAGAAAAAACAAAACAGGUCCAUGUAGCUGUAUCUGACAGUGAUGAUUUUGAAGAAGUACUCAGUGUUACUGCACAGAAAGUCAACAGUGUGAAUGUAGUGGAUAAACAGCACAGUACACAGCUUUUUGCUGGCAUGCUUCUUGGGAACAAGACUGUGAAAUUCCAGAUAGACAGUGGUGCUACGUGUAACAUUAUCCCAAUUGACCUGAUUGAUCCAAACACAAAGUUGGAAGACACAAAGACUGUGUUAGUCAUGUACAACAAGAGCAAACUGAAGCCACUGGGGAAAUGCAAACUGAAACUGAGAAAUCCAAGAAACCAGAAACUGUACAGGUUAGAAUUCCAACUGGUAGGGGAAGGUGCCACUGGACCACUACUGGGCAAAAGAGCAAGCGAAGACAUGCAGCUGAUCAAAGUGCAGUAUGAAAACAUGGCAGUCGACAGCAUCGUUACUACAUCGCCAGAUACAAGGGGCCAAUGGAUCAUGGACCAGAUAAAAGCGGAGUAUGCAGAUGUGUUCAACGGCGAUGGCUGCGUUGAAGGAGAGUAUCGCCUGGAAAUCAAAAGCUCAGUGAAACCGGUGCAGUUGCCAAGGCGCCGGGUGCCAGUUGCCAUGAUGAAGCCAUUGAAGGCUGAACUGCUCGACCUACAGAAAAGAGGAAUCACCCGUGGAGUGCAACACAGAUUGGAUUAAUGGUAUGGUGGUAGUGCAGAAGCAGAAUGGGAGGUUGCGAGUGUUUUGGACAUUACAGGUGGCUGAGACUCCCAAUGGGAAUCAGCCCAGCGCCAGAGGUCUUCGAGCGAAAGCUGACAUAAGCACUGGAUGAUCUGCCAGGUCUGUACAUCAUCGCAGAUGAUGUCCUGAUCACCGGACAAGGUGAGACACAAGAAAUGGCACAGCGUGAUCAUGAUGAGAAAUUGAGAUUGUUUCUGAACAGGUGCAGACAAAAGAACAUCAAACUGAAUGUAGAGAAGUUCAAACUGAAACAAAAGGAAGCGACAUACAUUGGACAUCUCCUGACAGCGAAUGGGCUGAAAGUUGAUCCGGAAAAGGUGCGUGCCAUUGAACAAAUGCCAAGCCCAACUGAUGUGAAAGCCGUGCAGAGACUGUUAGGCAUGGUGAAUUAUUUAGCAAAGUUCUGCCCUCACUUCUCUGACCACUGUCAGCUGCUGAGAGAACUGACACACAAAGACUGUGAAUGGAGGUGGUCAGAGCAACAUGAGGAGACGUUUGUCAAACUGAAAAAAAUGAUUGCAAACACACCGGUGCUCAAAUACUACAGUCCAGAAGAGGAGCUGACUGUGCAGUGUGAUGCGUCAGACACAGGCCUAGGAGCAGCACUGGUCCAGAGGGAUAAUGGACCACAAUACUCCUCGCAAGAAUUCAAAAGAUUCAGCGAACGAUGGGAAUUCCUGCACAAGACCUCGUCGCCUGGGCACCCUCAAAGCAAUGGCAAAGCUGAAUCGGCGGUCAAAACAGCCAAGAGACUGUUGCUCAAAGCGAAAAUGGCUGGACAAGAUCCUUACCUCGCACUGUUGGAUCACCGCAAC